CCUGGCAAUGGCCCCCAAAAUCUUCUUUGCCUCUUAACCUUACACCGUUCCCUUAACCUCCUUAUCUCAGUCUUAUGGAGUCUAUCUUGGCCCCUUCUCCACUCACUGUCUCAUUCAUCUCUCCAUUCUCACCAGCACAUCAGAAUUGUACACUACCCCAUUUCAAUAUCAAAUUCCGCCUUAGAACCCACAAAUUUCCCACCAGAAAAUCCUACAGGAUUCUCCCUAUCACGAAUAGUUUUCGUGCAUUUAGAUUCCAACGAAGCUCCACAACCUUAGAAGAAGAAGAACGAGCGCGAGAACUCCAGGUUAUUUCAGAACAAGGAAAAAAUUCAUCAAUUUCAACUGGGUAUUCUCCAAUUGAAUGUAUAGUAAAACAUGCGGUAUAUUCUCCAAUUGAAUGUAUAGCAAAGCAUGCGGUAUACACAUUGUUCUUUAUUGCAGUUGGGUUAUGUAAUGUAUUUCCAGUUGGCUCUUCUCGGGUUGCUGCAAUUGCAGCACCUGUGACCAGUGAAGUGACUGUGAUUAGAAAAGGCAAAGUGAAAGGAAAUUUAAAAGAAAAGGAAGAGAUUUUGAAGAAGAAUGAUUAUGAGUACUCACACUGCACAAGGAGGUUGUUGGAGACAGUUUCACAGUUAUUGAGGAGUAUAGAGGGGGUCAGGAGAGGAAAUGGGGAUGCGGAGGAAGUAAAAUUAGAGUUAAAAAGGGUGAAGUUGAGGAAAGAGGAGUUGCAAGAGGAGAUAAUGGAUGGGUUGUACAGUGGAUUGAACGAGUUGAGGAUGCAGAAAGAGAUAUUAAUGGCAAGGUCAGAGGAGAUAGUAGAUGAAGUCGUGAAAAUGAGGAGAGAGGGAGAGAAGUUGUCUUUUGACCAAGGAGCUAAGAACAGAAUGGAGUUGUUGGAGGAGAGUAUGGGAAGCAUGGAGGAGGAGUACAAUGAGACAUGGGAGAGACUUGGGGAUAUUGAAGAUGAGAUUUUGAGGAGAGAGACAAUAGCAUUAAGUAUUGGGGUGAGGGAGCUUUGUUUUAUUGAGAGGGAGUGUGAGGAGUUGGUGCAAUCGUUUCAGCGUGAAAUGAGGAGAAAGGAGCCCACCCAGAGUCUGCCAAAAGGCUCCAUUACAAAGCUUUCAAAAUCUGAAAUACAGAACCACCUGGAAGUCGCACAAAGAAGACACUUCGAGGAAACAAUUCUGCCUAGUCUUGUGCAAGCUGAAGAUCUAGGACCUUUAUUUCAUCAAGAUUCAUUGGAUUUUGCCCUACGUAUUAAGCAAUGCCUUGAAGAUUCAAGGGAGAGGCAAAGGAAUCUGGAGGCACAGAUAAGAAAAAGUAUGAAGAAAUUUGGCAAUGAAAAGUGUUUUGUUGCAAAAACUCCAGAAGAUGAAGUUGUGAAGGGAUUUCCUGAAUUUGAAGUGAAAUGGAUGUUUGGAGAGAAGGAGCUUGUGGUUCCAAAAGCAACCAGCCUGUAUUUGUACAAUGGUUGGAAGAAGUGGCGAGCAGAAACCAAGGCAGAGCUAAAGAGAAAAUUGUUAGAAGAUGUAGAUUUUGGCAAACAAUAUGUGGCCCGAAAACAGGAACACAUUCUCCUGGAUAGAGAUAGAGUGAUCACAAAUACAUGGUACAAUGAAGAGAAACAUAGGUGGGAAAUGGAUCCAGUAGCUGUUCCAUAUGCUGUGUCCAAGAAGCUGGUAGAGAAUGCACGUAUCAGGCAUGAUUGGGCUGUAAUGUAUAUUGCAUUGAAGGGUGAUGACAAGGAAUAUUAUGUUGACAUCAAGGAAUUUGAAAUGCUUUUUGAGAAUUUUGGAGGGUUUGAUGGGCUAUAUAUGAAAAUGCUUGCCUGCGGUACUCCAACUGCUGUUCAGCUGAUGUGGAUCCCUUUUUCAGAGUUGAAUUUCAGUCAACAGUUUGUCUUGAUGAUAAGGCUGGCUUGUCAAUGCUUGAACGGAUUGUGGAAGACAAGAACUGUAUCAUACUGGGGAGACUGGAUUUGUCGAAAAAUUAAAAAUAUAAAUGAUGACAUAAUGAUGAUGAUUGGGUUUCCUCUAAUUGAAUUUAUCAUUCCUUAUCCGGUGAGAUUGCAGUUUGGAGUGGUUGGUCCAAGUGAAAUAGGCCGAAGUUUUUCCACUUCAUGGUACUUGAAAUGGCGAUAUGAAAUAGAAAUGGAAUUUGAGUCAAGAAAAACAGAUGGCAUACUAUGGUUCCUUUGGUUUCUAAUUAGAAGCACUAUAUAUGGAUUUGUUUUGUUUAAUGUGUUCCAGUUAAUAAGAACAAAAAUUCCGAAACUUCUUGGUUAUGGGCCCUUACUCAGAGAUCCCAAAGUGCAAAAAUGGCGUAGAUUGAAGGCUUAUCUCAAAUAUAAAGUGAAGAAGGGCAGGCGCAUGAAAUUGGCUGGCGUUGAUCCCAUAACAACUGCUUUUGACCGAAUGAAGAGGGUGAAAAAGCCACCAAUUCCAUUGAAGGACUUUGCUAGUAUUGAGUCCAUGCGAGAGGAAAUCAAUGAAGUAGUGGCAUUUCUACAAAAUCCCAGUGCAUUCCAGGAAAUGGGUGCUCGUGCACCUCGGGGAGUUCUUAUUGUUGGAGAGAGAGGAACAGGAAAGACAUCUCUGGCACUAGCAAUAGCUGCAGAGUCUAAGGUGCCUGUUGUCAGGGUUAAAGCCCAGCAGUUGGAGGCAGGAAAAUGGAUUGGCCAGGGUGCAUCAAAUAUUAGGGAGCUUUUUCAGACAGCAAGAGAUUUGGCACCUGUAAUUAUUUUCGUGGAGGAUUUUGACCUUUUUGCUGGUGUUCGUGGCAAAUUUAUUCACACAGAAAAGCAUGACCAUGAGGCUUUCAUUAAUCAACUACUUGUGGAACUUGAUGGGUUUGAGAAACAAGAUGGGGUUGUUUUGAUGGCCACCACCAGAAAUAUCAAGCAAAUCGACCAGGCCUUAAGGCGACCUGGUCGGAUGGAUAGAAUAUUUCAUCUUCAAAGGCCAACUCAAAUAGAAAGGGAAAAGAUACUGCACAUUGCUGCAAAAGAAACCAUGGAUGAGGAGCUUACUGAUUUAGUAGACUGGAAAAAGGUUGCUGAAAAGACAACUCUUUUACGGCCAAUAGAGCUUAAACUUGUUCCUGUUGCAUUGGAGAGUAGUGCAUUUAGGAGUAAAUUGCUUGAUACGGAUGAACUUAUGAGCUACUGUAGUUGGUUUGCGACUUUCAGUAACAUAAUCCCAAAUUGGGUACGAAAAACCAAAAUUGCCAAGAAAAUAAGCAAACUUCUGGUAAAUCAUCUUGGACUAACGUUGACUAAGGAGGAUCUGCAGAAUGUUGUUGAUGUUAUGGAGCCAUAUGGUCAGAUAAGCAAUGGGAUAGAACUCCUAAAUCCUCCGCUUGAGUGGACAAGGGAGACCAAGUUCCCGCAUGCUGUUUGGGCUGCUGGUCGUGGUCUCAUUGCACUUCUAUUGCCAAAUUUUGAUGUUGUAGAUGAUCUAUGGCUUGAGCCUUGUUCAUGGGAGGGAAUCGGAUGCACAAAGAUUACUAGGUCCAAAUAUGAAGGUUUGAAAUAUGGUAAUGCCAAAUCAAGAUCUUACCUUGAAAAGAAGCUUGUAUUUUGCUUUGGAUCACAUAUUGCUGCCCAACUGCUACUUCCUUUUGGGGAAGAAAAUUUUCUUUCUGCUUCAGAAUUAAAGCAGGCUCAGGAGAUAGCUACAAGGAUGGUGAUUCAGUAUGGGUGGGGUCCUGAUGACAGUACUGCAAUCUACUAUAGGAGUAAUGCGACUACAGCAUUGAGCAUGGGGAACAAUUAUGAAUUUGAGAUGGCAACUAAAGUUGAAAAGAUUUAUGAUUUAGCAUAUGAAAGGGCAAAGGAUAUGCUUCAGAAAAAUCUUCAAGUACUUGAAAAGAUUGUUGAAGAGUUGCUUGAGUUCGAAAUUUUAACUGGAAAGGAUUUGGAAAGAAUCCUUCAAGAAAAUGGUGGGAUUGCAGAGAAGGAGCCCUUUUUCCUCUUGAAAGUUGAACCUGGAGAGCCAUUGUCUAGCAGUUUUCUUGAUGGUGGUAAUGCAUCAGGAACUGCAUUUCUAAGUUCAGCACCCUAGGAUUCAGAAGAGAUACUCGCAGCUCAUACAUGGUACAAUUUUUAGAGAUGAAGGUAGAAACCGCAACGUCUAAUCCUUAUUUCCAACAUUAGGAUAUCCAAAAGUAGAUUUUACAGGUGUAUAAAUGGCUUGAGAAGUUGCAUCAAAACUUUUCGUCUUAACUGACAUUUUUUUGUUUGGUACGGUUCUCAACCUUUUUGCCCCUAUUCAAAUUGAGUAAUACAUCCAGCUUCCUUGCUGUCUAUAUCAUUGUCAAAAUUAAGCGUUUUAUCACUUUUUGCCUUUUACAUUUUUCCGCAUUGACGUAUGUAAACUGAUUCAGUUUAGUUGAUCAUUAAAUCUCAUUUGUUUAG